UGGGCUGGGCCUGGCACCCUACAACCCAGCAGCCCAUCUGCUGUGCUGAGGCCAUUGUGGUGAAAGAUGCCACCUACCAAAAAGAGAAAGUCAUGUUGGCAACUGCUGAUUGGGCUGAGGCUACCUCCAGGGUGUGUGGAGAUCCACCCCCACUGGAAGGGCCAGAUGUCAUCGUGCCUAUCCUCAAGGAUGAUGGGUCCUACAUGCUCUGUGCAUAUUGGGCUGAUGAGCCUGAAGCCCCAGUCCAGGCCUGGGCUGGGGCCCUGCACCCUAUAAUCCAGCAGCCCAUCUGCUGUGCAGAGGCCAUUGUGGUGGAAGAUGCCUCCAGCCAGAAGGAGAAAAUAGAGGUGGCAUCUGCAGAGCAGACUGAGGCCAUACCCAGGGUGGGUGAAGAUCCACCCCCACUGGAAGGGCCAGAUGUCAUCGUGCCUAUCCUCAAGGAUGAUGGAUCCUACCUGCUCUGUGCAUAUUGGGCUGAUGAGCCUGAAGCCCCAGUCCAGGCCUGGGCUGGGGCCCUGCACCCUACAGCCCAGCAGCCCAUCUGCUGUGCUGAGGCCAUUCUCGUGGAAGAGCCCUCAUCACAAGAGGAGGAAGGGAAGGUGGCACAUGCAGACCAGGCCGAGGCUAAUCAGAGGGUGUGUGGAGAUCCACCCCCACUGGAAGGGCCAGAUGUCAUUGUGCCUAUCCUCAAGGAUGAUGGAUCCUACCUCCUCUGUGGAUAUUGGGCAGAUGAGCCUGAAGCCCCAGCCCAGGUCUGGGCUGAGGCCUGGCAUGCAAAAACCCAGCAGCCCAUCUGCUGUGCUGAGGCUUUUUGGGUGCUAAGAACUUCCUCUGGUGGAUACCAUGAAACCUGACUCUGUUCAUUCCAGUACCCCAUUUAUAUUAAAGUUUGGUUUUGUUAAUUAUUUGGGUUGAAUAUUUUGCUCCAUAAUCUUUAAACCUCACAAAUACAUGGAUUAGUAUAACACUGGAACCUGGAAUUCUAGGUGUCUUCUGAUAACUGUAGUCAAGAUUGCUCCUA